GACCUAAUUAUUUGCACAUCACAAACGAUAUUGUUCUCUCGAUCCUUUGCAUAUCAGUAUCAAAAUGAGAAGUAAUCUACUGACCAUUAUCUUAGCCAUAAUCCUUGCAGGAGCCGUGCCCGAAAAAGGGGUCGAGGCUCAAAGUUGUGGCUGUGCAGCAAACCUCUGUUGUAGCCAAUAUGGCUACUGUGGCACUGGCAAUGCCUACUGUGGCCAAGGAUGUAAACAGGGGCCCUGUUCUGCCUCACCUAGCACACCGAGUGGCGGUGGUGCUUCUGUAGCUGACAUUGUUACACCUAGUUUCUUCGAUGGCAUAAUCAGUCAAGCUGGUGCAGGUUGUGCUGGGAAAAACUUCUAUACAAGAAAUACAUUUCUUGAUGCCCUCAAUUCAUAUUCGCAAUUCGGUCAACUUGGUUCAGAUGAUGCUUCUAAGCCAGAGAUUGCAGCUUUCUUCGCUCAUGUCACACAUGAGACUGGACACUUCUGCUAUAUAGAAGAAAUAAAUGGUUCAUCUCGUGACUACUGCGACGGAAAGAACAAAGAAUAUCCUUGUGUUCCUGGAAAGAAAUACCAUGGCCGUGGGCCACUUCAAAUAUCAUGGAACUUCAACUACGGGCCAGCCGGAAAGAGCAACGACUUUGAUGGACUGAACAAUCCUGACAUAGUCGCAAAGGAUCCCGUCGUGGCAUUCAAGACAGCCCUGUGGUUUUGGAUGAACAAUAUCCGUCCUGUCUUAAACCAAGGUUUUGGAGCAACAAUCCGAGCCAUUAAUGGUGCUCUUGAAUGUAAUGGAGGGAAUCCUCGAACCGUACAGACUCGUAUUGGGUAUUAUAGAGAUUAUUGCAAUCAACUUGGUGUUGCUCCUGGCAAUAACCUCAGCUGUUAGGUUAUUCUUAAACAAUUAAUGUGAUUCUAAAUAACCUCAGUACUUGUCAUGGAAUAAUCAACUUGGCUAGCUCCGAGCUUUGAUGUUGUAAGGACUACUCUUUCAAAUAACAAGUUUUAAUUUACAUUA